AUGAGGCUAUCUAUUUCCAUUGGUGUAGUGCUGUUGUUGGUUGGCCAGGCAAUGUCAGCUGGUACCACAACAACUGCGCCGACUGUCGCAGCAGCUGCGGCCACAACGCCUACUACCACAACGCCAGCUGCUGCAUUGGCAGCCACCACUCCUACUACUACAACACCAGCAGUUGCUGAUACUACUACGGUUGCCACUACGCCAUUGACUACUGCGACUACUCCCUUGACAAGCGCAACUACCCAGUCGACCGCGGCCGCAACCACCAAAGCAAACGCUGUAACAACUGUUUCAAGCUCUUCAACGGGAGUCACUACACCAAUAGCAGCGACAACAUCGUCAACAAAGGCGUUGACGACUAUACCAUCCACAUCAACAACAGCAGCUGGAGUUGCAGCCGCAAAGACCACUGUCUCGGAAUCCACCAUUUCAGAUGAAGACUCCACGAGCCUGACGAGAGUAGUCUCAUCCACCAACUCUGAGGCUUUGACCUCCUCCUCCACAUCUGAGUCUACGGUUGUGUACGUGACAAUCACAACUAACGGAGGCUUGUUGACGUUGCCUUCUUUGUGGACUCAGCACUUUGUUUCUAUGUAUUCUACUGUGGAGACUCCUUCCAGGGGCUCGAUUGGACUAGGAACCAUUUCAGGAAAGGUGGGUACCGUUAGAGAGUACCAGAUGAAGACGAUUACCACAAAUGGAGCAGCAAAACCAGACUUUGUGUAUGGGGGUAUCGCUGGAGGGUUGCUUAUGCUAGCUGCAAUGUUGUAA